AUGUCCACGAAGCUCCCAACGAUCCUCUUAUCUUCGAGCUUUCUUUUGUACGUCGCUUGCGAGUUCGUCGUUCCAAGUCAAUCGAGCGACCACUCCUCCGUGUACCCGUUCCUGGAGAAGUGGGCGAACACGAGCAACACAGGGAUGCUGACCGUAGUCUUCGACGAUUUCGACGACGACGCUCUGGACUUCCCCCGUGUCGCCUUGGACCGUCUCAACGUUUCCACCAGACUGAUCACGCUCAAGCACCUGAUGUCUCUGAUGAACACGACCGUGAAACGCGCCAAUCAGACCAUCGAGUCUGGGAAUUGCGUGUUGCUGCUGUUUUCGAACACCGACCACCUCAGGGACAUCCUCGGUUCGCCGUACUUGGUCUCGUUCUGGCAUCCGGAGAACGUCUACUUCCUCCAGGGGAAACGUCACCAACUCUCGGACACCUUCGACGACGAACGUUUCUGCAGAUGGGCGUUCGAGAGACUCUGGAGGUUCAGAAGGGUCUACAGACUGGUCUUCUUCACGGAGGACAGGGCGAUACGUUACGAUCCCUUCCAGUACGCUGGCGACCACAUCAAACAGCUCUUGAACAGUAGCUGCGAUUGGUUCUGCGUCAAGGUCAACGAGGACGACUUCCUGAUGGUCGAUCAUCCUAACGCGACGGACGUCACGGACUUCUUCGACGAUCAGAGGCGUAGCUUCGAGCUCUACCCGCUGAAGAUCUCCAUCUUCAAGUCGACCACGAUGCUCGUGUCGGGGAACAAGUACGAAGGUAUAGACUACAUGUACCUGGACGAGGUCACCAAAAUGAUGAACAUCACGCCAGUCCUGUUACCGUCCAAGGACAAGUUCGGCUGGGAGGACAAAGGCGUGUUUUACGGGACCCUGGGUCACCUGGUCUACGGGUACGCGGACGUCACGUUCAAUCAGUUCUUCGUGAAGGACUACCUGACCAGGCAGAUCGAGUUCACGACGGCCAUCACCAGCGACAAGCUCUGCGUCCUGGUCCCAAAGGCUCCGCCAGUUCCCGACCACUUGAUCAUCGUCAAGACCUUCAGCCUUGGCGCCUGGUUGCUCGCGUUCUCCAGCCACUUUAUUCUCACGAUGAUCUACACGAGCAUGCCGGGGAAAAGAAGGAGGCUCGAGAAGCGUCCAGGUCGAAGCAUUGUAAUCGUCCCGAUUUCUGAAAAGGAACAGAAAGCGCUUGGGGUCUAUCCACCCGAAUCGUCACGAAUGUUUAGAAACGGACCUCGGCAUUGGAAACAAUUCAAGCGAGCCUCUUUGUCCUGUCUCGCGUCGCUGAGCAAAUACUUGACUAAGGUGGUUCUCCAACUGGUGCAACCCUUUGAGCGUAGCCAUCCUUGGUUCCCUGAGAGAUUUCUGCUGAUGUGCAGUUUGUGGCUGAGCCUUAUUCUGAAUGGCGUGUUCACGUCUCAGCUUGCGUCCAGCUUCAGCAAGAGAUUGUAUUACAAUGACAUCGACACUUUGGAGGAACUCGAGAAGAGUGGCCUGACAAUUUUGACCAAUUCACGAGACAUCAUAGAGGACGCGUUGAGCGAUUCUACGACUCCGUUGAUAAAACGUCUUCGCAAGAAAAUGGAAUAUGCAAACGACACGGAGAUUGAUAGGAGACUUUUCGAGACCAAGGAUGCUGCGUAUCUUCAUCGACCGACAACGUUACCUUUCAGAUACGACGAAUUCCAGAGACAAAAGCUGCAUCUUGUCAAAGAGUGCCCGAAGGACUAUAUCCUCGCCAACGUUAUGACGAAAGGAUCGCCGUUUAGGGGGCGUAUAAACAGUAUUCUGGGUAGAUUAAACAACGGAGGCUUCUACGGGAAAUGGUACCGCGGCGUGUUCCAAUCGAAGACGCGUGCACACCGAGCCGACGAUUCGUUCGCCCACAAAAGGAUCACCAUGAGGCAUCUGUUCAUCCCAUUCGGGAUCCUUUACGUUGGCCUGACGACCAGCGCGAUCGUGUUUGUUUGCGAGCGCAGAAAAAGCAAUCCCCGAUAGCCGGGCCCCCGCGAAAUAAAAAUUCUACGAAACAGAGAAACGGUUACGAGACAUUGCCACGGGGGGGUGAAACGAAACGAAUAUAAACGACAAUGCGACCUGGAAAUCGCUAUGGUUUUUUGCCCCGGGCGCAAAUAAACGCGUCAUUCGAACAGAGGUGGAACAAAUGAAGCGAAUGGGGGUUGAAUUCGCGUUAAAAAAUAUUCGUCGUUUCCUCUUGCACCUUUGCCGACCUAGCUGCAAAAAACGGAUACCCUUAAAUUCAAGAUGGACGACACUUUUUGCUGUUUUUUUUUUAUUCCUUUGUUCUGACAGCAAUGUUCGCCAAUUUAGGCUCUUUGCUUUUUAUUUAAAAGUUGCUUAUGAUUUAUAUUUGCAACUUCGCGUCUGUUUCUAAUGGAAUAAGAUAUGUGAAUAAAAUACAGUACUCGUGACGGGUUUCCGUUUCGUAUCGAUAUACAAUUUCGACAAAAAAAACAAGAGGGAAUAUUUUCGAGGAGGCACGAUCCGUAUAUCAAAGACGCGACUUCAGAACUCAGAACUCGGAUAGCACGUACACUACCGGAAAAGUAUGGACAGACUGUUAGAAUCUGCUUCCACGUGUACACAACUUGACGUAACGCGCCCUUUGAUCAUUUCUGGAGAAGCUACUAGCAGCGGGAUAAAAAGGAACAAACGCGAGAGCUGAAGAAACUUACUUUCAACCUUUCCAUGUAUCCGUUGGCGUUGUUAUUUCAUAUAAAGGUGCCUUUAAAUGGCGGACUCGAAUUUAAUUUAUUAUCCUUGCACGGGAAGAAGAAAAUAGUACGAAAUGUAUUAACGGUGAUCCGUUUAGGGGGAAAGCAAGACCAAAAUCAGAGCUGCCCGAAUAAAAAUUUAAUAACGCCUCCUGAAAGGGGAAGUUUCGUUCAGACAGUACGAUAUAAAAAUGUAUAUCGACGGUAGUAAUUAUCGAGGUAUUUAUACACGUAUUUAGUUCCCGAUAUCUGUCCAAUAAAAAUUGUAUCGAAUGUUUCGGUAUUGCGUAAAACGAACCAGCUUUACCGCGCACGGGAAAUGUUUUUAUUCCCAACGUGCCGGAUAUUAUUUAUCGCGGUAAAAUAUUAUUAUCCUCGUUGCGAGUUACGCGGGAUUCCAAACGAAAAAUAAUUCAUCGCUUCCUCCGCAGAAAAAUCUCUGUAAAAUUGUUUGCCCCGGGGACUUGUCGCGCGGUCUAAACAAUUUUAAAGAGUAUUUCCCCCCCCGCGAUUCAAGGCAAUUGCAAUUUCUGCCUCGAUGCGCGAUCCUCGUCGAUAGAACGCUCGUAUUGCAACGAUCCUGUGAAUAGUAAUUUUACCAUGUAUCUUCAUCGAGACACACACGCGAUUAUUCCGCGUUCCUGGAUGGAUUUGCUCAUAAAAUUUACGAGAAUAUGGCGAGAGCAUCCUCGAAUCGCGAACGCACGAAGAAACCACAUUCGCA